AUGGCGUCCUUCCCCGCCGUGUGUAAGACUGCGGGAGCAGCGGAGGAGGAGAGCGGCGAGCUGGAGUCUCUGCAGCAGAUGCUAAAGGCCAUCACCGACGAACGCAACCGACUGAACGCCCGACAGGAGCUCAGCGGCAUCGGUUGUUUUAAGGAUGACCGGAUCGUGUUCUGGACCUGGAUGUUUUCCACCUAUUUCAUGGAGAAGUGGACUCCUCGGCAGGAUGACAUGCUGUUCUACGUUCGCAGAAAGCUCUCCUACGUCAGCGCAGACAACACCGAGGGCAAGAAGGUGGAGGUGGAGGUUUACAGAAGGGACUCCAAGAAGCUGCCCGGUCUCGGAGACCCGGACAUCGACUGGGAGGAGAGCGUCUACUUGAAUCUCAUCCUGCAGAAGUUGGACUACAUAGUGACGUGUGCCGUCUGCACGCGCUCAGAUGCAGGAGACAUCCACAUCCACAAGAAGAAAUGUCAGGAAGUGUUCGCGUCUCCCAGCAAACACGCCAUGGACAGCAAAGGGGAGGAGUCUAAGAUGAGCUACCCGAACAUCUUCUUCAUGAUUGACAGCUUUGAGGAGGUGUUCAGUGACAUGACAGUGGGUGAGGGCGAGAUGGUUUGUGUGGAACUGGUGGCCAGCGACAAAAGCAACACGUUCCAGGGCGUCAUCUUCCAGGGCUCCAUCCGCUACGAGGCGCUCAAGAAGGUCUACGACAACCGGGUGAGCGUCGCCGCUAAAAUGGCUCAGCGGAUGUCGUUUGGCUUCUACAAGUACAACAACAUGGAGUUCGUGAGGAUGAAGGGGCCGCAGGGCAAAGGUCAUGCUGAGAUGGCCGUCAGCAGGGUGCCGACGGGCGACACCUCCCCGUGUAACACGGAGGAGGACCAGGUCUCACCCAUGCACGAGAGGGUGACGUCGUUCAGCACACCUCCAACGCCAGAGAGGAACCGACCCUCGUUCUUCUCGCCAUCUCUGCGCCGCAAGAUUCCGCGUAACCGAAUUGCAGAAAUGAAGAAGUCUCACUCUGCCAACGACAGCGAGGAAUUCCUCAGGGAGGAUGACGACGAAGAUCUUCACACGACCACAAACCUUCGAUCUCGCUCUCUUUCGGGGACGGGACGCUCGCUGGUCGGCUCGUGGCUCAAACUGAACCGCACUGAUGAUUACUUCCUGCUCUACGCCCACCUGACCUACAUCACCCUGCCACUCCACCGCAUCACCACAGAUAUCCUGGAGGUGCGGCAGAAGCCCAUACUGAUGACAUAGCAGAGCUCCGCCCACUCCAUGUCACAAACAAGUGCCUCCCUGCAUCAGGCCACCGAGACAACAGCACCACCUGGUGUUCAGUCAAAACGACCAAACAUCGCCAGAGGAGAGGACUGAAAUCACAGACAAACCAGCUGCCCGAGAAGUGCCUCUUCUUCUUUUCUGUUCCCACUGUGUCACGGGCCGAGCGGGUGAAAAGGUGUCUCCAUGGAAGCGGCACAUAUGAGCAGUCAAUAUUAUGUAAAUAUUAUGCUGCGGAGAAGAAAAGAUUCAGCUUUUUUUUUUUUUUUUUUUUUUUAAAUACGAGGCAACGAUGAUUGCGUAAAAACGAAGCAGUUGGAUCACUUCAGGUCAAAUCCAUCUAAAAAAUGUACAGGUUGGUAUUUCUGUUUUUCAUACUAUCACUUCAUUUGUAAAGUUUCAAAUAAAUGUGUAUCACAUUUUCA